GUUGCCAGUUCUGCAACUUGUUGAGUUUACUUGCAUCACGAGAAAAUGUCAUGGUUAGCGAGGUCUAUCGCCAACACUCUGCAGCUCGACGACGACGAUGCCGACGGGAAUGAAGACCAGCAUAACCGGAAAGCCGGCGAAUCGGCAAAGGACUCGGAAUCUUCUCCAACAGCUGAGUCCGAUCAACAUUCGCCGUCGUCGACGAUCAGUUCCACGACUCCCCGCGGCGUCAAGGAAGACAUCUCCGAGCUAACCAAGACCCUAAGUCGCCAGUUCUGGGGCGUCGCUUCGUUCCUCGCUCCCCCACCCGAAUCUCCUACUCCUCCAACUCCUCCUCCCGCUCGCGACCAGAUCUCCGAUGAAUCCAUCGAGGAAGCCGAGAAUCGGCAGCUUUUGGAUCCGGAAGAGACUAACGAAGCUCUGAUUGAGGGAAUACGGAGUGACUUCGCCGAAAUAGGUGGGAGGUUCAAGUCCGGGAUCUCAAAGCUAUCGACUAAUAAGGCUGUCUCAGAGAUCACAAAGAUAGCCUCGAAUUUCCUGCAAUUCGCUGCGGAGGGAGACGUGAACGAUGAGGAUUUGAUUGGGAGCGCCAUCGGUGUAACCGAGGAUGCUGUGGCUUUUGCUAGGGAUGUCUCUAUGCAUCCAGAGACUUGGCUUGACUUUCCCAUCCCGGAAGAUGAUGAUUUUGAGGAUUUUGACAUGUCAGAACCCCAACAGGAGCAUGCCCUAACUGUUGAGCGCCUUGCCCCAAGGUUAGCUGCUCUCAGGAUUGAACUCUGUCCGGGUUAUAUGAGUGAGGGCUGCUUUUGGAAGAUUUACUUUGUCCUUCUGCACCCUAGACUGAGUAAAGAAGAUGCUCUACUGCUGUCUACUCCACAGAUAAUGGAAGCUAGGGCAAUGUUAUCCCAUGAACUACAGAAGAGAGCAAAGGCAAAGCCCAGUUCAAGUUUCUCUGAACGUAGUGCUUCAGUCAUAUCAAAAGAAGAUGGUGGCAAUUCAUCCCAGGAAGUGUCUCUUUCAGUGCCCUCUCAACUCGAGUUUGGUUCAAGGAACGCUCCAGUUACAGAAGUGCCUUACAGUGAUGUGGGUGGUGAAGCAGAAAAAGAGAAGCACCCAGUUCAAAGUAUUGAGAUCGAAAUAGUCGACAAAGCUGUUGUUGUUGAGGAAGAAACUGUUCUCCCCCAGAACAAUAAGCAACAGCCCAACCCAUCUACUUCUAGUCCAUCUCCUACUGCUGUGAAUGAUAAGUAUGAGGACGAUGGUGAUGACUGGUUGAAAGAUGAAAGUUCUGAAAUGGUUGCUGGUGGUGCCAGUGGGACCGUAAAACAUAUUGAAGAUGACGAGGAUGUGUCAUUUAGUGAUCUUGAAGAUGACGACGAAGGGGAAGUGCCUGUAACAUACAAAAAAGUAACCACCUCAGAUGGUUCAGCCAAAGAUUCACGGGACUGGGUUGAGCUGAUCAGUGGUUCAAGUGAUUCGGUGAAGGAUAUUAGCCCUGUGGAUGCAAAAAGUGGUGGCCCCGGACAGGCAAGUUCUCGACCCUCCGAGAACAGGGAAGCUAAUGAUUGGCUUGAUGUGGAGGACAUUGACGUGAUUUGA